UCGAGUUAUCGCAUAAUAUAUUGUGAUAACCGGCGGCCUUCAGUUUGCACUAUUGAGGACUUUGCUGAUCUUUUUUGACCCGUGUACUCUAGUUUAAGACAUAUUAUAAAAGACAUCAUGCAAGGCAGCUUUUGGAGUUUAGUGACCACUUCCAUCAGGCCAACAUGCGCGAAGCGCAUUAUACCAGGCUUGACAGCCGCCCAGCAAAGAAGAUACGCCAGUGCAAUAGACGUCGACGUAGUCGUUAUAGGUGCAGGUCCUGGAGGAUAUGUAGCAGCGAUCAGAUCUGCACAACUGGGUAUGAAAACUGUCUGUGUUGAGAAAAAUCCUACAUUGGGUGGUACUUGUUUAAAUAUCGGAUGUAUUCCGUCGAAAUCUCUUUUAAAUAAUUCCUAUUAUUAUCAUAUGGCAAAUAGUGGAAAUUUACAAAAGCGAGGUGUAGAAGUUCAAAAUGUUCGACUUAACUUGGACAAACUAAUGGAACAAAAACGAAAUGUAGUAGCGUCAUUGACUAGUGGUAUAGCUGGGUUAUUUAAAAAGAAUAAAAUUGAAUGGGUUAAGGGUCAUGCAAAAAUUACUGGAAAAAACCAAGUCAACGUUCUUCAACCGGACGGAUCUGUGGGAGCCACUAUCAAUGCUAAAAAUAUUAUAAUAGCUACUGGUAGCGAAGUAACGCCAUUCCCAGGUAUCGAUAUCGACGAGAAACAAAUUAUCUCUUCUACGGGUGCAUUAUCGUUGACCGAAGUUCCAAAGAGAUUGAUAGUUAUCGGUGCUGGAGUCAUUGGUUUGGAAUUAGGCUCGGUGUGGCAAAGAUUAGGCUCUCAGGUAACCGCGGUCGAAUUUACACCUACCAUUGGUGGUCUAGGAAUAGACGCCGAGGUUAGUCAAGCUUUACAAAAGAUCCUAGCGAAGCAAGGUGUAGCAUUUAAACUAGGUACUAAAGUAACCACUGCCAAAAAAGUAGGAAACGAAAUAAAAGUUUCCGUAGAAAAUGUAAAGGAUCCUAGCAAAAAGGAGGAAUUAGGAUGUGAAGUUUUGUUAGUUUGUGUUGGUAGAAGACCGUAUACCGAGAAUUUAGGUUUAGAAGAAAUGGGUAUUGAAAGAGAUGAAAAGGGAAGGAUUCCUGUUAAUAAUAGGUUUCAAACGGUAAUACCUACAAUCUAUGCUAUCGGAGAUUGUAUUCACGGUCCGAUGUUGGCGCAUAAGGCCGAAGACGAAGGAAUAAUAACUGCGGAAGGCAUAACAGGAGCACCGGUACAUAUAGAUUACAAUUGCGUACCUAGCGUUAUAUACACUCAUCCCGAAGUAGGGUGGGUUGGGAAAACCGAAGAAGAUUUAAAAAAAGAAGGGAUCGAUUACAAGGUCGGCAAGUUUCCGUUCCUUGCGAAUUCCCGAGCGAAAACGAAUCUCGAAGCCGAGGGUUUUGUUAAAUGUUUGGCUGAUACCAAAACGGAUAAAAUUCUUGGAGUACAUAUAAUAGGUCCUGUGGCUGGAGAACUUAUUAACGAAGCUGUCCUUGCAAUAGAAUAUGGAGCGAGUGCCGAAGACGUAUCCAGAGCUUGUCACGCUCAUCCUACAUGCUCGGAAGCACUUAGAGAAGCCCAUACAGCAGCUGCAUUUGGAAAACCAAUUAACUUCUAAAAAAAAAAACAUUUAAAAACUCACGAAAGUAAUGAAUUUCAUCACGUCGUAGCUUCGAUCUAGUCUACGUAUCAACCUUGUGUGUCGAUCUACACAAUGAGUAUUACUCGUCAUCGCUUAUUUAUGUAAAGGUUAUAAUUGUAAAUAAAAAUUUUAAGCGUUUAUUUUAAGAUAACAACUUUGAUAUUAGCUUUUUCUCUGCCUUACUUAUUGUACGGAUCAAAAAUCAUUUUUUGGAGAUAUACCCAGUAGAUUGUCAUAGUUACACGUCCUUGUAUUUCGAUACAAAAAAAAUGUACAUUUAAAUAAAUAUGAACACUCGAAAA